GUCGGUCUGAGAAACUAUCCUGGAUCCGGUUCUUUCAAUAUGAGUGGGUUGAGACCUAAGAUCUCCGCUAGAAACGCUGCCUUCCGACUUGUUCUUUAGCAUGGGCUGGGGUACUUGACACAUCUCUCAUAAGAAGUAAUCAGUAUCAGUUCUAACUUAAGUAUAAGUUCAACGUCGCCUUUCUUGUGGUCCCUGACAUAAAUAAAAAUCUGCUCCUCUUCACACCCACAGCAUGUCGACCACAACCUUCCACAUUUUCCGUUCGCGAAGAUAAUUGCCCAUUGCCAUACCCAUAUUUCGAUUUCCAUUGGUUUCGGGUUGAAUGACCUAGACCUCCCUUCAAUUCCAAAACGUAUUCCCUACACCCAAUUACAGCAAAACCAAAAAUUGUAGGAACUACUGAAAAAAGUCUCAUUAGAUUAAUACUUUUCAGCAAUUAGAACAGUUCCUGCCGCGAGCAGUGUAUUUUGCUUGUAUGCAGACCGAUUUCAGGUAGCAAAAGGAAAGUUGUGGGACCUUUUUUCUUUUCACCGUCGGGCGCUUAUUCUUUAACGCUGAGAGAAAACAAAAAUGGGUUACGGCGAAAAAAGCAAGAAGGAGAAGGCUGCCGAUGCAGCGGCUCUCAACGACGCAAAGAAGAAACAAGCAGAGGAGGAUGUAUAGCUAUUUUAGAUUGCAUCUUGACGGACAAGGACAAUGUUGUGUCUGUGUGUCGCCUCAUCAGUAUGGUGAUUGAGCAUGACAGCAAAUUCGCACCUUUCUUCUAUGAACGCAUUGAAAACUUCUAUUUUCCCCACUCCUCUAUCAGGCUUCCUGGACAGAGACGGAUAAGGGCGCCAAGAAAAAGCUCGACCGAGCUUCUGCCGCGGAGGACAAGGCUGCUGAGGCAGAGAGAAAACGACAGGAGAAAAAGGCACUAGAAGAGGCCGACGCAGCCGCCAGCGGCGCGAUUGCAGAGAAAGCAAAUGCCAAGAAGAACAAGCAGGCACCGGGGAAGUUGACACAGGCGCAGAUACAACAGAACAUGGCCCUGAUGGCAGCGGCAACGGCAGCAAACGUACUUAUAGACAGUGGUGUAGUUUGAGGAAUGGUGCAACUAGGAAUAGCAUCGUGUUGGCCUUUUACAGUUUCAACAGCAGUCAUUCUCAUUCAGAAAUUGCCUCUGAAGAUCUUGGACAUUCUUCGAGAAAAAAACUCACUCUUCACCUAAACCCAGGCCGCGCCGAAGAAAACGAAGAAGACGGCAACAGUGGAUGCGCCAGAGAUUUUGCCCAACACAAACCGUGAGAAUGACAUCUCCGCUUCGAGCGUUGAAGAUGCCUUGAAGCAGCUUUCACUGGAGCCCGGCAAGAAAAUGACAUUCAAGCAAUUUGAGGCCGAAAUGGCAGAUAAGGUACAGCGAGGCAUAGUGUGUUGAACAACAUCAUAUCAGAAUGUACCUGCGGGUGCAUUGAUUGGCAUGCCGAAGCUUGUUGUCCAUGCAUGGUCCUCGUAAUAGUCGAAUACAACGUGAAAAUGACCUAUAAGUUUUUUGUGCAUGAUGUUGAUAAAGAACCCUCCAAUUAUACAGGUCCGUGCGGAGAACCCGGGUCUGAAGCGAAAUCAAGUAACCGACAAAGUUUGGAAACUUUGGGAACGCUGUAUCGAAGGGAGAGACGUUUGCGCCGCAGAAGUGAAUUUGAAUUUGUCAUGUUCGUUGUUCUCGAAAACGAAGAGGAAAAGCGAAUACGUGGUGACAGAAUGCUAAGCCUUGCAGCUGCAGCAAUAUGAGACGUAAACGUAAACUCGUGCAGCUGAAAGAUACAGCGGGGCUAUCAAGGACCACCCUGCAUGACAUUGACUAAUUCCGAUUCUUCACUUCUUAUGCGUAGGCAAUUUUCAGCUUGAUAUCUUCCCCGGUGAAUCCGAAAAACAUCCCGGCAGAAGCCUGAAGGAUUUUUCGCAGCCUAGAUGAAAAACAAGACACAGUAAAUCGUCGUGUGUGCGGCCGUCAAGGAGCUGUAGUUCGACAAGUAGAAUGUAUGUAGUUUCACCCCGACGGACGUCGACGAGUCGCAGCAGAAGAUAAAACGAAACGUACGCCGCUUCAAACGAGCUGAAUGUGGUAAAGCUGUACCGGCUGUACCAGAGGAGCUUCCGAAGAGCCAGCGCGACGCAUGUGGGCACCUUCAUGGUGCACAAAGCCAACAAUUCAAAUAGAGAACACGACUCUCACUCACAAGGUGAAGAAUGUUGGCAAUCACACAGAAAUGCUCACUUCAUCACCAUGACAAGAAACAAAACAACGCAAUGAAUCAUAAGUAUCACACAACACGAAUAAAUGUACGCUAUUUUUUUAUGAAGAUGAAGACACUCUACUACACUCAGAAUUUCCAUGGAAAUACCGCCAAGCACGCACCAAAACGACAUAAGAAUUGCUUCUCACUGCUGUGUAGAAAUUGCUGUUGCAGGAAGGAGUAUCUCUUGGACCCCUGUCCCGCGCUCGUGGACAAGAAGUAGUCCCCUCAAGAAAUGAAUCGCUCACGAGUGAGGUGCUGCAUCUGAUGUCAUAGCAACAGAGGACAUUGUGAUCAAGAACGCAGCUAUGUUUACCACGACCCAGCACAGAGAGGUGCAGCGAAAAUGCCAAGCAAUGUGAAUCGAGUUA